UUACUGGAACUGAGGUCCAAAAAAAUUCAGCAGAAACAGGCCUAGUGUAUUUUAUGUAGGAGUGAAACAAAGAGGCAGAAAGUUAAAGGGAGGAAGGAAGAGAACUGGGUGAUGAUAACGCGUAGGACGGCCCACGGGGAGUCAUUUUGGGGAAGAGGUUACUGUAUAUUGUAUAUCAGUUAAGGCCAUGUUCAGUCUUUUCAACCACCUGCAAGUGGCUGUCGGUAACAUCAUCUACUUCAUCGGAAUCCCGAGCGAUAGCAGCACCAAGCCCUGAUCCUGGACCAGUUGUCGCUCCCUUCAUACUGUAAGCCUGACUGCGUUUUCUGGAAGUCGCGCGUUAAAUCUCCUUGAGAUGUUUUGGCUCAUGCAAGGACUGUGCUUCCUACCAGUGUUUUUGGUCAUCUGGUCCUCGAGCACUUUCAUUAUCUCCUACCUGAUUGCAGUUUUAAAGAACGACGUCGAUGUAAUCUUCCCAUACAUAAGUGACACAAGUGCAAACCCCCCAGAGAGCUGCAUUUUUGGCCUGAUGACAUUUAUUUCUGCAUGUGCAGGAAUGGCCACCAUAUAUUCCAGAUACAAGUUUGUGGAGAAGCUGAGUGAGGAUACAAGUGUGGUGAGCCCACGUCUCAAUAAAGCUGCCCUGGGGUUAGGGAUGAUCUCCUGUUUCGCCAUGUGUAUUGUUGCAACUUUCCAGGAAACAGUAGUCAAAGCUGUUCACGAUUUGGGAGCUCUGGCGUUCUUUCUCUGUGGUGUUUUAUAUAUAAUCCUCCAGUCUGUGAUAUCAUAUCGUGCCUACCCAUUUGGCUCCUCUUUAAGUGUGUGCCGAGCACGUUUGUGUAUCACCAUCAUUGCUGCUUUGGCAGUUAUCCCCACUGUGAUCUGUGCUUUUUUUGUGAAAGAAACCAAAAUGCACAGAGACAGAGAAGACAAGGACUAUCGCUUCUAUGUAGCCAGUGCUGCAUCUGAGUGGAUUGUUGCCUUCAGCUUUGUCCUCUUUUUCCUCACAUAUAUCAAUGAUUUCAAGCUGUUUACCUUACGAGUGAGAACAGAGUAUGAGGAGUAGUGCUGAUCUCCAACUCCCAGCAAAGUUUUGCAUGAGUAUCAGUAUUUUUAGGUUUAAAAGACUCUUUUGUGAGGCUCUUGUCCUCAUAUAUUUUGAUAUGCAAGGUUUUUACAUGAUGAUAUUACCUGACUGCUUAUAAAUUUUACAAGCGGUGUGACAUCAUAGAGAAAAAUUGGCCUUGUACCUUUAUAGUUUUAUACAAUCAUAAAUCAGUUUUUAGCCUGCCUAUUGCCGUUCAGUCAACUAUCACUUUGCACUUUGAACUAUAGACCCUCCCCAGAGUGGCAUUUCCAGUCAAACCUGUGACAUCUAAAAAGAGAAGUUGGACACGAGUGGACACAUGAUCACUGCACAAAGUAAUGAUGUCCUAUGAUGUGUAGUUAUCAGGCUACUGCUGAUGUUUUCUGAGAAAACAGUGAGACUCUACAUGAGAUCACACGGUAUGUGUCCAUGUUUGCAGAGCAGAUAUCUGUUUGAAAUAUUACUUCAAAUGGGAUUCUGACUUAUUUUUUUGGGUACUGUGGUGGGAGAAAAAACCUUGUGUUAUGCAUGUGCUGACUCAGAAAUUUCACUCUGAUACUUACAGUACGCUCCUCCUGUGCUUAGUGGUAUCAGCUGAUACUGUUGCAAUUCUGCAGCUAUGGAUGUGAUUUUACAUCCUGCAGACAGCUCACGGAAAAGGAAUCAGGCUACUGAGUAGUACAACAACCUAAUUUGAUUGCUAGCUGAUUAGAUUUAAAGUCAAAUAUGAUUUUAGAGUUAAUACCUAGCAAACUGGGCUUGAUUUGACAGAAGGGAAAAUAAACCCUCAGGCUUCUUAAGAUGUUCAUUACCUUCAACACAUUCUUCUCACAAUGAAAGAUGAGAUGUGACAUCUCACACGCUGAGAAAGUGGUCAGAUUUCUGUGUUUAAGUGUUGACUCUUGGUAUUAUCACAGACAUAAUACUUAUAUGUGAGUAUUAGCUGAUAUGCAGUAAAUUAGCAGCCAGUAUUUCUGGAGGACUCCUGUUUAAACCCCCUCCAAAGACUCAGUUAAUAUACAGUAUUCUCACAUGAAGAAAUCCUAUGCUGUAAUUUUCAAGUGACAGAAUGGAAGUCACAUGAAUACAGACCACCUUUUCCACUACAGUGUCUUUGCAAGG